UCUCUAUCUGAGACAUUUACAAGAUGUCACGCAUGCGCAGAACGAAAACCUUCUUCUAUGUUGAUUUCUUACAGCUAAUCACGGCUCAAUUUUCGAACAAUUUCCCCUAGGCUCCAGUAUAUGGGUGUCGAGACCUGUUUAUAUAAUCGUGAUUCAAAUCUAUUUAUCUUAUAUCAUCUACAUCCUAUGUUACUAGGAUGAUAGGAUAAUUAAAUUGAUAUACAUAUAUUCUAGUAUAUAGUAUACAUAUCAAUGAUUUUUCUCGACUCAAUUUUCGGAUGGUUUUCCCUAGCAGGUGUUGAGACCUGCUUACAUGACCGUGGUACUUUCAGGAGGACUGCGGCUUUUCAAAAUGGCUGCAAAACAGAAAUUCGAAGUUUUAUUUAUUUUGGGUGGUCCUGGUGCGGGUAAGGGAACAUUGUGCAGGUACAUCACUAAAAAAUAUGGUUAUGUCCAUUUGUCAGCUGGGGAUCUGUUAAGAGAGGAACGUAUGAAGCCGAAUUCAAAGUACGGAGAACUUAUCGAAAAUUAUAUCAAAGAUGGAAAAAUUGUGCCAGUCGCAAUUACUUGCAGUCUUCUAGACAAUGCCAUGCAAACCAGCAAUAGUCCGCAUAAAAGGUUCCUGAUUGAUGGUUUUCCAAGAAACCAGGACAAUGUUGAUGGUUGGAAUGAGGCAAUGUCAGAAAAAUGUGUAAUAAAAGGAGUAUUGUUCUGUGAAUGUAGUAAAGAAGUAUGUACCCAAAGAUGUUUAAAACGUGGUGCAGCAGGAAGUGGAAGGUCUGAUGACAAUGAGGAAGUUUUAGUCAAAAGACAUGAAACUUACAUCACAAAUACGUUACCUAUAAUUGAGAAUUUUGAGAAGCAAAAUUUUGUAUACAAAGUUAAUAGUAUGCAAUCACCAGAUAAAGUAUUCGAAGAUGCUAAAGAGGUUUUAUCUAAAAUAGGAUGGUUAUGAAUUAAUAGGGAAUGUUAAUUGAUCUCAGUGAGAUCAAGUUAUAAUCCAUUCGCAUUUAAUGUUAUUUCAUAAAAGAAAAAAAAUGUACAUAUAUAUAUAUAUAUGUAUUGUAAGAAAAUUUAAUUCAUACGUGCAAUAUAUUAUAUUUAUACUGUAUUUACUUACAUGUCAGGAAUAUUAAUUUGCUUUGGUUUCAAUAUAUACCUUUAGUAUUUUUUAGUUUCUUAGUACAGGUAGCAUAAUGAUCCAUAUGCAUACUUUUUUAACAUUACAACAAUUUUCUACAAGAAUCUAUAAAUAUUUUUUUGCGAUUUUUGUUAUUAUCUAUAUGGGAGAGCAUUUGUAAUACAUUUGACAUUUGUUUAAAAUGCUUGUACUGUUCUCAUUUGAAUGAAAUGUAUUAUACUAUAUAAAAUAUAUUUCUGCUGCAAUAGUAA